CAAGGAGCAAAGAAGACAGCCAAGUGGCAGGAACGGGAGACCUGCAGUCCACCAUGCUGGAAGGACAUGACACAGAUUCACCCGGCCUCGGUGCCUUGUUCAAAGACUGA